AUGGCCCUACAUAACAAUUCCCACACGCUAAGGCUUGGUAAAUGGCAAAAUUACUUCUUUAUGUCACAUGGAGGAAUAGCGACACUCAAGGAAGCCAGCGAAAAGGACCAACAGCUCGCAGACGAAAAUGGCGGUGUUGAUCCUAUGCCAAGCAACCGCCGUAUAUGUGCUUUUUAUGGUAUAGGACGAGAUGCCCCUUGGCCACCCUUCGACCCCGGCAGGCCUCGAAAAGAUUUCGAAUAUGAGAUAACACGCCAUAGUAAAAUCGUCGGGCAACGGUGGAUCAAACUGAACCAACUGGUACUGGGAAGUGAGAAAGUGAUCCAGGACACCAUCGUCAGACUUGCACAAGGAGAUAUCAAAGACAAGGAUGGGAAGACCCUCAGCGUCGAAGACUACCUGAGGCUCAGUUGGGAAGCAACCAGAGAUACAUACAACAAAGACCAGGCGACAGAUCCUGGCAACUUGACAACCGGAUUCAGGCUCGACCCUAAAGGCAGCAUUACAGCAAACCGUUCCACCAAUCUCGACAUAUUUGCGUUGGUCUUUCUCACAACCCAGACAAUGAGAGAAUCCAUCAAAGAACGUGGAAUAGUGAGAAAUCUUGAUCGUUAUUACCCGCUUUAUCGAAAUGGAGCGAACUAUAUGGAUGACAGAAAAACCUUGGGAGAGGAUCUGGUGGAUGAAGAAAAGUUUCAGAAUCUUCGCAAACCAGGCCCAAUCAAGGAAGGCAAGACUCAGUUCAACAUCAACAUUGAAGGAUUUCUCGAAAAGCACAGAGCCAGCUUUCUGGUUCCACAUAUAAACUUGCUGGACCUGACCAACACGGUUAACCUACUUCUGUUUAUCCACCAUCGAGCUCGAUUUCUCCCCCGAGAGUUUUCCUAUGUAGAUCGUGAUGGCAUGUAUAUGGGAGAGCGUACGCGGAUGUUAUUCGGCGCCCACGAUCCGACAUGCAUAGUCGUCUUCAAAGACUUCAAAGACAAAGACGAAUCUGGAUUUCCGGUGAAGCCUCUGUUUCAUUAUGUGCACAAGGAAUGGGAUACAAAACGCCUUGGGGACCACGGGAUCCAUAGAAGGAGGAAUCUGGGAUUUACCGGCUCGGCAGCAUGGCUUACGUUGCAAUCACAAGCUAUCACAUACACGUUUCUGGGCAAUUUCUGCCAACAAAUGCUUGAUCUGGCAAAGGAGAAGCCGGUCUACGACCCCCUCCAGAGUCUUACUCAUCGGCAAAUGAUGGUUAUCGAAAAUGAAGCAGCACAAAAGAUCGAAGAGGUUAGAGGAGACAAGCAUGGCGAAAAUUUGGAUGAAAUACAAGCUUUGCGACAAUACGAACCGACCAAGGAGGGCCUCGAUUACGACAGGUACCACAAAUUGCUUGCCGAACAAAGAGAUGAGGCAGAGCAGCGUAUCUGGUUUCUAUUCAACGACCCGGACUACUUCGCCAGGAAGAUUAUUGAAGAAAAAGAGCACCACUGGGACAAUCUGCGUGUUGGAUAUGAUGAAGCCAAUCCAGGCUCUUAUAUCCGUCGCUACUAUGACGAUAUAAAGAAGCGCCACGACAUGUAUCUCGACUGUAUGAGAAAUGUUGUUCGAAAGGCUCUCUUUGAUUUCUUCAUCUGGCAUGCGAUAUUAGAUGCUCUCGCUGCGAUUAAAGCCGUCAAGGAGAGGUACGAUCGCUUUGAAAGGAAUCAGAUCAAAUACGUCAGGGGCGGCAAAGCAUUUCGUGUUCUGAACGAUGAAUCCUGGCAAUGUAAAGACGCAGACAGACUUAUGACAAACUACAAAAGCGUUCAGCGAUUGGUUCGAAUUGCUGCCUCUUAUAUUAUUUUUGAAUUCCGCAAAAAAGCAAUUCAUGCAGCCUCACCACACAUGCGCGAUGUUUAUUGCAUCCCCGACGCGAAUAAGAAACCAGCCGACCUAUUAGCCCCUGGGUACUACAAUGCACCAGACAUUGAGCUCAACUUUCGGCAUCAGGCAUCACCUGACGAACGGCGAGAGGUACCUCGCAUGGUGCUUGAGCUUAUUGAGAACUUCAUUUCGAAGCCAACAUCGGCCAUGUUUGUCGGUGUGCGGAACGUAACAGCCCGAAUACAGAGACAUUUCGACGAGUGUCAAGAUGAUGAACAGACAAGAUCAAAGUUCUCUGACCUGAUUCGAGACAAUGUCAAAGGGUUGCAUAUACUCUCGGAACUUGUAGAUUACAUGGAUCAACAUAUGUCUGUUGGUAGUUUUGAGCAACACAUGUUCGAGACACCCAACGAAGACGUAACUGGUGGCAAAUCUUGGGAGAUGCUUAAACAUUUCGGUUCCUAUGACAUUUUGUCCCUAGACGGCUGUACAUUUGGCGAGGAACAUGUGCCGCCAAAGCGACAGGAACGCAUCUUCAAAUUUCUCGACGAGAUACAGGGCCUCAGAACUGGUGGUGAGAGUUCUUAUGGCGCUGCAAGAGGCGAUAUCAGGCGCUUUGGCUCAUCACUACUGAAAGGCCUCAUCUACCCUUUCGGGAGAAAAGACAGCAACCUUAAGUAUAUGUACAAUCACGAGUCUUCGUUCAAGGUCAAACCAGAGACUCUAGACCGUCUGUCGCAACGUAUGGGAAUUGACGAAGAUCAGUGGCCUUUUGACAAGGAUGAGAAGCCAUGGAAUGCCCUGGAAGAUGAAUCUCAAGACGUACAAAAGCACUACCAGGGUAUCUGGAAAGAACUUAAGGAAGAGAUGAAGCAGCUGACCAAAAGGAACGAGAAAAAUCUGAAGAAGCCAUACGCCAAGAAUGGCAAAAAAGGAUCGAAUAUGUUCGACUUUGUGACUAACGAGGUCGAACUGGCUCAAGCUAUGAUGGAAACCUCGAAACGUCAGAUGGAGAACGGCGUUAAAAAGAGGAGGGCUAAAAAGAAGACAAUUGAAAGGAGGCGCCAGGAGCAAGACCAGGCCAGGCGUCGAGAUCUGGAGGCCCAAGAUGCAGAGAUGCGAGAUGCCCCGAGUCAAGACACCACCCCAGCUACAUUCUUCUCGAGUGAGCACAAAGACGAAACUGCUGAGGAGCCGACCCAGGAGAUGAUGUCGACCUAG